AACGCACUGAAACCCACGAUUUAAAUCUUGAUAUUUUAAAUACACAGUCACCUGAAUACUAUCGUAUCCGUCUUGAGUUGAUGUUCGCAUCCAUGGAUGAGGAUGAAACAUAUUCCCUCACCUCCAGCAUUCGCCAUUACGAAUAUUUUGGACAUCGAAGAUACCAUGCCUACCAUGCAGGUGAAUACUUUAUGCCGAACGACGAGGAAGAACAAGAGCGCUUGGAUUUGAUGCACCAUUUGUUCCUGCUCAGUUAUGAUGGCGAACUCUACCGUGCCCCAAUCCCAAAGACCGUUGGGCGCACUCUUGAUAUUGGAUGUGGUACAGGAAUUUGGGCGAUAGAUUUUGCCGAUGCGCACCCCGCGGCCAAAGUUAUCGGGUCUGAUCUUUCUGCCAUACAACCCGGCUAUAUCCCCGAAAAUCUGCAGUUCGAAGUCGAUGAUGCCGAGGAGGAUUGGCAGUACACCCAACCGUUUGACUUCAUCCAUAUUCGGGGAAUGGGCGGAGCGAUAGCAAAUUGGUCGCGGUUGUUAAAACAGGCAUAUGAUAAUUUGGCACCGGGGGGUUGGAUAGAGCUGGCUGAAUUCGAUGCUUGGGCAUCGACCGACGACAACAGCCUUCCCGAAUCUUCUGCAUAUAAUCAGUUCCAGACUCUCUUGGGAGAAGCGUCCGAAUCAUUCGGCAAACCGGUCAAUGUCGCAUGCAAGUUUAAGGAGUUUGUGCAAGAAGCGGGCUUCACGAACGUUGGGGAGGAUAACCGGAAAAUACCACUGUCGCCUUGGUCGUCAGACAAGAAAUUGAAAAAACUCGGGAAUUAUAUGCAGAUGGCCAUGUCGGAGUCUUUGGAGCCUUACGCCCUGGCUCUCUUUUCGAAGGUGUUGAACUGGGACAACAUCAUGAUACAGGCCUUGCUUGCUGGGGCAAGAAACGAUCUGAAGAAUAUGGACUACCAUAUGUACACCACAGUUCAUCGCGUAUUUGCUCAAAAGCCACUCUCUUGACGGGUUCUGGGCAGAUAUAAAUGAUCAAUGAUCCCAUUAAAAAUGCAUGGUACAGCAUUUGUAAUAUUCUUCUCGAUAUAUCCAACAGACUCUUAAUACCCCUUCGCAUUCUUUUAAAUUCUUAUCGGUUUCUCUACGUUUGUCCUUAUUGAUUUUGAUUUUCUCCUCCUGUUGGAGGGUCGGAUCUGAAGCCGCUUGGGUAUAUUCUCGGUCAUUAGCAUAGCGCGUUAUACGGUUCCAUUUCAUUUCGCAAAUUUGAGAGAAAGGCUACUGUUCCUUUCGACCUUAUUAUUGUGGAUUUUUUGCAGCAGCUGCUGCUACUGCUUUUAUUGUGUCUUAGGGAUCACUUCUGAAAUAUCUUUUUGAAAAAGACCCAUUUCGGGAUAAUUUUCUCGGGCUCCGUUUUCCUUCAUUUGAUUUUUGAUAUAUUCCACUUUCUCCUCUUGGCCGGUUUACUCCAAAAUUGUACCUAUGGACAGCAAAUCCAAAACAACUGUCAGUCGCC